AUGCGUUGCCGAAAACCUUGGCACACCCUUUCGUGGGCGCUGGCCCUCAUCGCAAUGGUGGUGUCUUUGGCAGCGGCCGAAAAGGAGCUCCCUGAUCUCCGUAUCAUGCCACUGGGAGAUUCCAUCACCAAGGGAAACGGCUCGCCCGAUAGGAACGGCUAUCGGGGGAAGCUCCGCCAGAAGUUGUUGGCCGAGCAGAAGGGCACCGACUCCACGGUCGACAUGAUCGGGAGUCUGACGGAGGGGGACAUGCGAGAUGCGAACCACGAGGGCCACAGUGGCAAGUUCCUCGCUGAUAUCCGCGAGUAUAUCGAGCUCUCUCUUCCUGCGAAACCGAACAUCGUGCUCAUCCACGCGGGCACCAAUAAUAUGGACAAAGGAGUGGAUCUGGACAAGGCCGACACGCUCAUUGAAUCCAUCAUCGACCGGGCUUUCGACGGGUCGCCGGGGGUGACGGUCCUGGUCGCGCCGGUGAUCUGGGCGAAUAACCCUCGCAUGCAGGAGAACACAGAUGCCUUCAACAAGAAGCUCGGUGCCAUGAUCAAGCGCAAGCAGGGCGACGGUCAGCAUAUCUUGUCCGUGCCCAUGGAUAUCACGGCGGGGGACCUAUCGGACGAGAAGCACCCCAAUGCACAAGGGUAUCAGAACAUGGCUGUGGGAUGGUACGAGGCCAUUCUGGACGCGCACGGGCGCGGAUGGAUCCAGCCCCCCGCCAAGGUCGACGAGAACGACCUCCCCGGCAUGGGGCUGGGCUAUAGCGACGGAAUCGAGGACCCCACCGGAGGCAAUUGCGGCGACGCGAACUGGAAGAGCCGGGGCCAGGUGUUCGGUAGCUUCCGAAACUGGCAGGAGAAGGGGUCGGUCAUCGGCGCGAUCAAGAACGCUCGCCGGGACAAAGUGAUCCUCGUCGAUCUCAACAACGACGGGUAUACUGACUAUGUCCUGGCCCACGACAAUGGCGAUGUCCAGGCCUGGAUCAACACCGGCACGGACGAGCAGCCGUGGACAGGUCUCGGGAAAAUCAACCCCGAUUGGAAGGAGGUGACGGGGGAGAUGAUCCGCAUGGCCGACGUCGACAACGACGGCAAGGCGGACAUGAUUGUGCUGUAUACGGACGGCGCAGCCAAGGUGUGGAGGAAUGUGGCCAACGGCAAGGAGUUCAAGUCCCUCGAUGCGGAGUGGGCCACAGGGCUAAGUGAGCCGCGCGAGAAGGUCCACUUCCGGGACAUGGAUGGCGAUGGCUAUGCCGACUAUGUGAUCGUGCACGACGGCGGUGCAGUGGACUGGGCCCGCAACACGCACAACAAUGGCCGGGAUCCCGAUCAGCGUAACUGGGAGGCCAUUGCCAACAUUGCUCCGGGGCCAGCGGGCGUGCCGAACAAUCGGGCGCAGCUGUAUGAUUUGGACGGGGAUGGAAAGACUGAUUACCUCGCCGUCUACGAAGGUGGUGCGGUCGACGCCUGGCGCAACACGGGGAGCCUCAACAAGGCGGGCCGCAACUGGGACGAACUCGGCACCAUCGCCCCCGGAAUCGAGGGUGUCACCGGAGAAAUGAUCCGGUUCGCAGACAUGGACGGAGAUGGCAACGCGGACUUUCUGGCCGUCGCAGACGAUGGGAGCAUCCGCAUGUGGAAGAACACGGGGAUCGUUGAGAAAAAAGGGUCGAGCCUCCGGUUUGCCGAUCUUAAUGGAGACAAGUAUGACGAUAUCAUCUCGGUGGAUGACAAGGGCCGUGCCCGAGCAUGGCUGAAUGAAAAAGAUGGGGGUUGGAAGGAUAUUGGCGAGAUUGCGCCGGGGCUCGACGAAGAUCUCUCCGCCGCCACGGUCGAGUUUGCCGACGUCAACGGCGACGGCCUUGCCGAUUUUCUGGUUGUCUACGGCGGUGGCGCGGUCAAGGCUUACCUCAAUAAUGACAACAUCCCCGACCAGGGGAAGGACCGGAUCUGGCAACCCGGUGUUGUGAUCUCCGAGGGGGUCGGCGAGCCCGGUCGCAAGGUGACGUUUGCCGACUUGAAUGGCGACGGAUAUGCCGACUAUCUGGUUGUCUUUGACGGCGGCGCAGUCGACGGCUGGCUCAACCAGAAGAAUAUUCCGCCAAAGGACGGAGGCCGCAUCUGGGGACAGCGAGCCACCGUGGCCACGGGAGUCGGGGAGCCGGGCAGCAAGGUGCGAUUUGCCGACCUCACUGGGGAUGGCAAGGCCGAGUACAUUAUUCAGUACGACGGAGGUUCGGCCAAGGGGUACCGCAACUCGGGCAAUAUUCCGGAUGCAGGCAAGCCCAGGAACUGGAUCGACAUGGGCACCAUCUCCACGGGCGUCGAGCGGCAGGGUCCCGUGGUAUACGCUGACCUGAACGGAGAUGGCAAAGCAGACUAUGUGGUCGUCCUGGUCAGUGGGGAGGUGUAUUCGUAUGUGAAUGCCUGUGAUUGGAAGCCAGACGAUGGAGAUGGUGAUGGCGGAGACGGCGAUGGCGGAGACGGCGGAGACGACGGCGAGAAGCAUGAUGUCCUCAUCAACCCAGCGAUCUGGAAUGACAAGACUCCAGAGGUGUUUUGCCGACCGCCGUGCAAUCUGGUGCUCCCUCCCACCGUCCUGCCCUCUCCAACGGUCAUCUCAAUCGAACCAUAUUCCACGCAACUUGAAGUUGCUUGGACCAUUGAUUGGACCGUCACUGCCACGAUCCAACGAACCGUGAUCACUCUCCCACCCAUCACAACGCAAACCAUCUCAUUCUGGCCAGUGCCCUUUCCCACCGACUCGAGCUCCGGGUUCACGUUCAGCCCCAUUCCGAUGGUCUUGCCGCCUCCUAUAACCACUACAAACGAUCCUAAUCCUAUGUCCGAAUCCGGGGUGUCUCAUCCACCGGUCACUCGCACAAUCUCGCCAUAUCCUUAUCCCACCGCUGUCAAUGACGACGACGACGACGACGACGACGACGAUGACAAUAAGUUGCUGUGGCUCGCCGUGUAA